AUGACCAUGAGGAAGGAAACCUCUAUAAAAAAUCUCACAACCCUAAGGUCGAGCGUGCCGAUGGGGGACCAACACUGUAAGGAGGGAGCCGUGCUGGGAGAAUCUACUAACUCGGCACGAUACUCAAGGGGAAGGCGGGGUAGGCGGGGACGCAUAGCUCAUUCUAGAGAACCAAAAGAAGCUGAGUCUGAUGGUUCACAGCUGUCACUCGUAUCAAUUGCUUCAGAAGAUACGCGAAAAAGAAAGGCAAAGGCUCCAAGUGUUAAAUCGGUGGCCGCUAAAUACAAGGCGGUAGCAGCCUCUGCCUCGGCAACCCCUACUGAAGUGGAGGAUAUGGCUACUGAGCUUAAAGCCAUCGAGGAGGUAGCGAAUCGAUCCCGCAAUUUAAAGGGAAGCUUCGCUCAGAGCUUAAGGCUAGCCGUGCGGAAUGUGAAAGCCGCAGCUGAAGAGCUUGCCAGAAGGGCCACUACGGACGAGAAUAUUGCUAGACUAGAGAGAGAAAAUGCUGAACUACGUUCAACACUCUCUAGCCUUAGCAACAGAGCGGAUAAGCUGACGGAGGAAAUUAACUAUCUCCGUAAACAGACCCAUGAAAGAGUCAGUCUCACUAAACCAAAUGCAGAUGCUCCAACGCCCAGUAGUAGCGAGGAGGCAAUAAUGGAACGCAUUGGAGCGUUUGUUGAGAGUAAAUUGGCGGCUUUCGAAGCCCGGUUGUUGCCUACAGUAACACCGUCGCAAAAGAAGAGACAUAAAAAGAAGAAGAAACGGCAGAAGCCCACAUAUCCACCAGUGGCAGAUUUACCUCCUGUAGCGAAGCCUGUGCCGCAAACUUCUAUAUCUGCAGUGACAAACUCUUGGGCAGAUGUGGCUAAAAAACAAAAAGUACACCAGUCGAUACAAAAAUCGCCGCAGUACUAUGUGCCCAACGAACGGCCCACAAAGAUUAGACGGAAACCAGUCCGUGCCCCAACAUCUGCGGCUGUAACAAUUACAUUACGGGAGGGUUCCACCGCUACCUAUGGUAGCAUAAUGAAGGACGCAAAAACUAAAAUUCGGCUAGAG